AUGCAACCAGGCACGGCACUAUUUCCUACAUUAGCUGUUGAGCUUGUCGAGCUCAUCGCGAAUGACAUCGAAGGGGAAAGUCUACUCGACCUCCGCUUCACCUGUCGCGAGCUGCAAAAGAAGACAUUUCAUUGUUUCGCGCGACGGUUCUUUACUUCCAUCAAGACCGAUCUCUCCGACGAUAGUCUCCAGCGAAUCGACAGAGUCUCACAACACGAGGCCCUCCGGCCUUAUGUACAAGGCUUAGCUUUCAUGCUUCAGAAUGGGGUCGGUCGCGGUCUGGUUUGGGAUCGUCAUCCAUGGGGUUCUUUAUCCGCUCCGAUGGAGAUCGAGGCGAUUCGUCGUCUGCGCGAUAAUCUCAUCAAUAAACUCACCAACUGUCGCUCAUUCUUCAUUUUCUGUCGAUACCCCGAAGGACACCCAGAUAUGAGUCGCGUCACCAUAACUGAUGCGGUCGCGGUGUUCUUUGCCCUUAUCGUUGAUGCGCAACUACCGGUCUCGUCAUUCCAUCUAAUCUACGCAAAUAAAUUUUCCCGGACAUUGAUUAUGGACAUGCGCCGUUUGCCUAAAUUAUUAUACCGACAACCCGAGUUCAAACUGGUCUGGUCAAAUCUGCAGAAGUUAUCUCUCGAGCAAUACCUGACGCUCGACAAUUUCGGCUUUUUGCUUGAACUGAUCCUGAGUGCGCCAAACCUGAGAACACUUCUGCUCAAUCUUGGGUCUCACGAUUUAGCUUGCGAGUUCAUGCAUGAGCUAGCUGAAACGGCAGUAUUUUCCCAACUUGAAGAAUUAGCCUUAUUCCGAACUCUGGUGAGGGCUCCAGACCUUAUCAAAAUACUAGGGCGUCUCCGGGAGAACCUCUCAACCUUGACUUUUUACCACGUCUCGUUGGCGCAAGAUGACAGUUGGACCGCUGUGCUCCAGGACCUCGGCCGAGAUUUUUCAGCUCUGAAUAAUAUCUCCCUAUACUAUUUAUGGGCCAAUGCCCCGACCAAGGAAGUGCUCUCAUUUCCAGAUCUUCAGAAGGUGCCUGUCAUGUAUGAGUCCCCAGGUCAGCGUCUUCAUAUGCUUUAUGCCGACAAGCCAAUCAAGGGUCCUGCAGUACUCGGUAUAGAGUACUCAGGUUCAAAGGUGCCCCAACUUCUGAGUUUGUUGCAGACUACUGCCAUAUAUAGUUGA